ACCUGCUCAGGCUCAAUGCUAUUUAAAAGACAUAAGCUGACCUUUUGGCAUCAGUCUUACUUGAUCGUCUCAUUCAACCCUCAUAGAGAACAAUCAAUAGGUCCAAAAUGAAGUCCAUGAUCACAUUGACCUUCUUCUUGGUGUUCUGCUCGGUCAUGAUGACCACAACCGCCACGAGGCCUUGCCAUCGCUACGGCCGAAGUUGUCCCAGGGCCAUCAACAAAAUACUCGGCAUUUACAGAAAAGGCGAUAAUAAGAUCUCGUCCAUGAAAAAGUGCGAGACGUAUUGCCGGUCCAAGAAAGCCCAAUACGUGGUGUUUGCCGCGAGGAUUUGCUAUUGCUUUGAAACGUGCAAAAGGCCCGUGCGGGUGCGCUCCAAACGCGUGGUCGUCAUGUUCCCUCUGCACAACGACCCAAACAGGGUCUGCCGCGGCCAUUAAGGACAGCUCAAUCAACCAACCAACCAACCAACCAACCAAUCGAAUAUUGAAUAACACCAAGAGAUGGAACACUCUGUCUGGACCCAGGAUGUCAUUGAAAUUUUCAUGGCACAUGUGAUACUUUGCGUUCAUUUCAUGAUUAAAAUCCUUCGGCUUUGA